AUGGUUGGUUUGCAAAGGUCUGCAAAAUCAUUCAGGAGACAAGGAUCGUCGGGCCUGGUGUGGGAUGACAAGUUCUUGUCAGGAGAUCCCUCGAACCAAACGAGGUCUAACCAACAGCAAGCCAACCGGAAAGCUGACCGCCACAGGGAGCUACGGCCAUCCCAGAGCACCGGAUCGAUCGACACGGUGCACCGGAGCCAAUCCGACAGCGGACAGCCCUGCCAUGCCAUCAAGGUCGAGUCGCCAUCACCGCCGGACCCGCCGUCCCCGAGAGUCUCCCGCUGCGGACUCUGUGGCAUCUUUGGCAAGCCGGGCACUGCCCAUCAGUCGAACUCGAGAAACAAGAAGCGCAAAUCGUAG